GUGUCCUGUUCUCUGUGCCAGGUUCCUCUCGGAGCCGGGAUUGCGCUUGCCUGUAAAUACUUUGGAAAAAACGAAAUCUGCCUGGCCUUGUAUGGGGAUGGUGCAGCCAAUCAGGGCCAGAUAUUUGAAACGUACAACAUGGCUGCCUUGUGGAAGUUGCCUUGUAUUUUUAUCUGUGAGAACAAUCGCUAUGGAAUGGGAACAUCAGUGGAAAGAGCUGCAGCCAGCACUGACUACUACAAAAGAGGAUACUUCAUUCCAGGGCUCAGGGUGGAUGGCAUGGAUAUUCUCUGUGUCCGAGAAGCAGCAAAGUUUGCAGCUGACUAUUGUAGAUCUGGAAAAGGUCCUCUUGUGAUGGAGUUACAGACAUAUCGUUACCAUGGCCACAGCAUGAGUGACCCUGGAAUAAGCUAUCGUACCAGAGAAGAAAUUCAGGAAGUGAGAAGCAAAAGUGAUCCCAUUACAUUGCUGAAGGACAGAAUGGUCAACAACAACCUUGCCAGUGUUGAAGAACUAAAGGAGAUUGAUGUGGCAGUGAGGAAGGAGAUUGAGGAAGCUGCUCAGUUUGCUACCACUGACCCAGAGCCUCCACUGGAAGAACUGGGGCACCACAUCUACUACAAUGAGCCACCCUUUGAAGUGCGGGGGCCAAACCAGUGGAUAAAGUACAAAUCUGUCAGCUAAAGGCCUUUUUCUUGGGGUAACUUAUUCAUGAGAAUAAGUGAAUCCAUUUACAGAACUAUAAUAAACAACUCUUAAGCUUAUUUAAAAGCUCUUUCAAAAGAGGGAAUGUGUAAGGAAAUCCAUCUGGGUAUGGAAUUUCUUAGAAAUGCUGAAUGUUGUUUCAGAACAUACUAAGUUAAGAGAAAGUGGUUUAUUUAAAGUGCUAUAUAUUUGCUUUACUGACUUUCUUUGGAUUGCUGUAUGUGUUAUGUACAGUGUAAAAAGAAAAAGAAAAAUUAAACUUUACCAACCUUUAUCUAAUGGUUGUUUGC